AGAAAGUAGCCAAACUGGCAGCUCUAUUUAGUUAGUUGUUAACUUAUCAAUUGAUUAGGACAAGGACAAAUAAAAUAUGGCUGUGCUACCACCUGAUCCCGUCUUCAGCUUGCGUUGUCCAGAUAUGGGCGCCGUAAACUCGCUCUGCUUCCAUGAGAGCGAACGGCUCCUUGCAGGCACACUCAAAGGCAAAGUUUUUCUCUGGGAUCUACAGACAAAUCGCUGUGCACUGAAUUUUGAGGUAGGAGGAGAUGGCUCGCCGGUUACGAAUUUACAUCACACCAAAGAACAUCUGGUGACACAGCAGAAGGGCGGCACCAUUACCAUCUUUACCAUAAGCAACAGCAGCUAUGUGAAGGAGCUCAGCAUACCGGGCAACCAUUUGGGAUAUUGCCGCACGGCCUUGCAUACCAAUUCCAAUAAUACCAAUGAGCAGCUAUUGUUUUAUCCCUGCGAGGAUUCUGCCAUAGGCGUGCUACAUGUAACAGAUUCAGCAGCGCCUACACAGAUGUUACAGCCGGAUGAGCCGCAGCUGCCCAAGCUGGGAAGCGUAAGCUGCUUCAAGCCCUUUGAAUGCGCCUCGCAGCUGUUUUUGCUGGCGGGAUACGAGUCUGGACAUUUCUUGACAUGGGACUUGAGCUCUGGAUUAAUAGUGGAUGUAAAGGAGCUGGCAGCAGAUCCCAUGACGCUGGACUAUGAUGCUUUAAGCAAUCGUGGCAUCGUGGGCGGAGCUUCGGAUAAGCUGACCAGCUUUAGCUAUGAGCGCCCCUCUAUGCAGCUGCAACGUGGCACAGAGCUAAGCAUCAAGAAUGCGGGCGUGAACUGCGUGCGCAUUCGAGCCGAUCAAAAGGUAUUUGCCAGCGCCGGGUGGGAUGGACGCAUACGCAUCUUUAGCUGGAAGAGUCUGCGUCCGCUGGCAGUGCUGACCCAGCACAAGCAAGGCGGCGUUAUGGAUCUGGCUUAUUCCACACAACCCGUGGCCAUGUGGCGUGCACCUGUCAUGGCAGCGGCGGGUAUGGAUGCACAGAUCUCACUGUGGGACCUCUACAACUGACUUGAGCUUAAUUUACACCAGUUUUUUAUAGUUUUACAUUUAAUAGACAAUCAAGUACAUGUAU